AUGACGUUCAUAUUUCUUCACAAUGUAUCAGAGCUUCUUAAUGACAUAUACUACGAUCCAAAGUUUGCAGUUGCCUCGCUUAUCGUUAUUUUCAUAUAUAAUACCCAAACAGAAUACAGAGAGCUUGCAAAAGAAGAAACAAACUUCUUCAAGAUAUUCUUUUACGUAACAUUUAUAAUUUAUCUUUCAAUUCUUACGAUCAUCGUCGGAAUUUUAAAAGAAACUUAUGCAACCAUUGGAUAUUUGUACGAGGAUGAAAUAUUAUCAAUGAUGAAGCAAGCAGAUGGCUAUACUUCUAAUCUCGACGUUGUUCUACCAUUUAUUUUCAAGUAUUCGAUUCCGAUUUUCGCAGCUACAGGACUUUUGAUGUAUAUUUAUUACAAAACUACACAAAAUGAAAUAACAAUCUUCAAGAUCUUCUCAUUUCGUCUAAGUAUAAGUUACGUCCUCAUAAUUUAUUUAAUUUCAUGUUAUUUACAUUUCGUUAAAAUACUACGUCCUGAUGUUCAUCCCAUUGGCAACUUCCUUAAGGACAAUGCUUAUUUGGUCAAGAACCAAUCGAUCAUUUUCCCAGAUAAGAAGAAAAAUCUUUUGAUUUUUGCGCUCGAAGGAUUUGAAAUAACAUUUGCUUCGAAGAAGAAUGGAGGAGCUUUCGAUACCUCCUACAUGCCAUACCUUGAAAGUCUUGCUGCUGAUAAGAACAAUAUCCACUUCACUCAGCACAAAGAUGGGAAGUUUGGCGGACCACAGUAUUGUGGAAGAAUUCGAUUGACAUCGCAAGCACAUUUUGCAAUGACAUGUGGCUAUCCAUUGAUUGACAAUUUCGAGAGAUUCAAAGUCAGUGGCGGAAAGAUUUACAUGUCAAAAGUUACAUGUCUUGGAGAUGUAAUGAGUCAAAAUGGAUAUGAAACAUCUGUUGUCAUUCCUUCAUGGUGGUAUGAUUGGGGCCUUGGAGGAAUAUUCGAAUACCAUGGAUUUAAGAGGAAAUUCCAAAACACAGAUAUAAAGAAGACAGCAAUAAAAUGGGUGAAAGACAAAUACACAUUUGAUUUCAUUAAGAAGGAAUUGACAGAGUUGUAUAAGAUAGGAAAGCCAUUCUAUUUACAUACAAUGAAUAUGGAUACACAUGAAAAAGGAAUACUUUGUGAUCUCUGUCCUGAUGCCGAAAAAGGAGAAAAUAAUUAUCAUAGAGUUUAUAAAUGUUUUGAUAAACAAUUUGAGAGUUUCCAUAAAUGGCUUCAACAACAGCCUUUCUACAAUGACACAGUCAUCAUAUUGAUUGGAGAUCAUUUAUCAAGAGAUCCAUAUCAUCCGAGAGCUGCUGCAAAAGCAGGAGUUGAUAGAAGAACAUAUAAUUUAAUCAUUAAUUCAGAUUUUGUUCCACUAAAUAGAACAGGAAGAAGUUUCACAAACUUAGAUAUAUAUCCAACAGCAUUAGGUGCUCUUGGUGCUAAGGUGUAUGGAGAACAAAUUGGUCUUGGAACAAACAUGUUCUCAAAUAGAGAAACAAUGGAAGAAGAGUUCGGACUUGGCCCACUUGAAAAUGAGUUCGGAGGACUUAUUUCUUUCUAUCACACUGUUGUUGAAGGCGGUCAAGCUGCCUCUAGUUCAUGUGAUAGUUCUGAACCAUGCGUCAUGGCAAACAUGACACAAUUGUAA